AUGAAUCCCAAUUUUAUUUCUAGCUCUUCAUCUUCUGAUGAAGAUGGUGAAAAUUCUCAUAUGAUAUACACUUACAACCAAUUUAUGCAGGAUAUGCAACGUAGAAUCGACAACAACAACAUGUUGAUUCAAUACCUUCGUGACCAUCAAAGUCCACAUAUAUAUCGUGGAUCAGUUCCAGGGCAUAUUGUCAUCAACCGUGACCGAGAGGGUGCUCACGCUAGAUUGUACAAUGAUUAUUUUGCUGAUAAUCCAUUGUAUAAUGAAACCAUGUUUGGUAGGAGAUUUCGGAUGUCGCGUCCAUUGUUCCUUCGUAUUGUGGAUGCAGUUAAGGAACACGAUGACUACUUCAUGCAACGACGAGAUAGAACCGGAAGGCUUGGACUAUCAUCUCUUCAAAAGGUAACAGCUGCUAUUCGUAUAUUGGCAUACGGUGUACUAGCCGAUGCUUGUGAUGAGUAUGUGAAAAUAAGUGAGAGCAGUGCUAUCAAAAGUCUAAAACGUUUUUGUCGUGCAAUAAUAGAAGUUUUUUCAACUCAAUAUUUGAGAAGCCUGACAACUAAUGAUAUUGCUAGACUUUUAUAUAUUGGUGAGCAACGUGGAUUCCCAGGGAUGCUAGGUAUUGCUCCUCCUGCUUAUUAUGUUAUUCAAGGCAAAGAAUACAAUAUGGGUUAUUACCUAGCUGAUGGAAUAUACCCAAAAUGGUCUACUAUUGUGCAAACAAUUCAUGAGCCUCGUACCCCAAAGAAAAAGUAUUUUGCUAUGAGGCAAGAGGCAUGUAGAAAAGAUGUAGAACGUGCAUUUGGUGUUCUCCAAUCACGUUUCUCAAUUGUAGCAGGACCAGUGCGGUAUUGGGAUAAAGAAGUGUUGUGUGACAUAAUGAUUACAUUUAUAAUUUUGCAUAAUAUGAUAGUUGAAAAUGAGCGUGACCUGAGUUCUCCAAUCGAAGUUGCUAGACACGCACCACAACCAGAAGUUGAGAUGACGACAAAUGAAGAUGUUCGAUUUCAAGAGUACUUGACUCGGUAUGCCGCAAUAAGAAAUAAAAGUGCACAUCUAGAACUUCGAAAUGCAUUAGUUGAUCAUUUGUGGGAAAAUUUUUCAAAUACGCAAUCUUGA